GAUUUCAUCUUCUUCGCUCUUUUAGGUCUCAGCUCCUCCGUCUUCGUCCGCCCCUCCCUCUCUCUCUCUCUCUCUCUCGCCGGCGGAGCGUGCGGUCACCGGCCUAACCAAGCUCUGCUAAGCGGCGGCGUCGUACGAAGAAGAAAGUGUACAGAACUAGACCUGCAAGAGGGCCGGCCUUUGCUAGUUUUGGGAGUUGCGAAAUGUCAACUGGCCCUGGACUUGAUUCUCUCGUAGACCAAACAAUAUCGGUCAUUACAAAUGAUGGGCGUAACAUUGUGGGGGUCUUAAAGGGCUAUGACCAGGCAACGAAUAUCAUUCUCGAUGAAUCUCAUGAACGUGUUUACUCCACAAAGGAAGGCGUGCAGCAACUUGUGCUUGGCCUCUACAUAAUAAGGGGUGAUAACAUAAGCGUUGUCGGAGAGCUAGAUGAGGAGCUUGAUUCAAAUCUGGAUUUGUCCAAGCUGAGAGCUCACCCCCUUAAGCCUGUAAUUCAUUGAUCAUGUACCAUAUAGAUGUGCUACAGUAGCGUUCAUGCACUUUAUUAGCCGUAAUCAUAUACAUAUAGGUUGGUUCAUGAUGUUUGUGGAGAACUUAUAACUGUUUGUUCGUAAAAUGUUGCUGAUGGCUUAAUUAAAGGGCAAUCUCUAUACAGUAUUGCCGUUGUCGAAAUGAAAGGCAAUCGUUCUGUUUGUGAAGAA